AUGGCAUUCCCUGCCAUAAGCUGUCUUGUCCUUACACUUCUCUCACUGUUCAUUUCGUUAGUGCUAGCUGCUCCUACGAUAUACAAUGUAGUGAGUUUUGGAGCCAAGCCAGAUGGGCAAACAGACUCAGCUCAGGCUUUUCUUAGUGCAUGGACUAAAGCUUGUGCCUCUAUGCAGCCUGCCACUAUUUAUGUACCAGCAGGAAAGUUCGCUCUCGGGCAAGUCAUUUUUAUUGGACCAUGCAGCAACAAAGUUAACGUUAUGCUUAUUGGGACUCUUGUGGCCCCAUCGGACUAUACAGUCCUUGGAAAUAAAGCAUACUGGGUUUUGUUUCAGCAUGUUGAUGGGCUUACAAUAUCUGGUAAUGGGAUUCUUGAUGGGCAAGGUGCUAGCUUGUGGGCUUGCAAGGCCUCUGGCAAAAGUUGUCCUUUAGGAGCCACGACAUUGGAAUUUACCAACUCAAACAACGUUGUGGUUAGUGGAUUAACUUCCGUAAACAGCCAGAUGUUUCACAUUGUUGUCAAUGCUUGCAAUAAUGUGAAUAUGCAAGGUGUCAGGGUCAUCGCCGCCGGAAAUAGCCCAAACACCAAUGGCAUUCAUGUUGAAUCAUCUUCCAGUGUCACAAUUCUUAACUCUAAUAUCCAAACUGGUGAUGAUUGCAUCUCAAUUGGCCCCGGUACUACUAAUUUAUGGAUUGAAAAUGUAGCAUGUGGACCUGGACAUGGAAUUAGCAUUGGGAGUUUAGGCCAAAAUCAACAAGAGGCUGGUGUCCAGAACGUGACAGUUAAAACAGCAAAUUUUACUGAUACACAGAAUGGGGUGAGGAUUAAGUCUUGGGCAAGGCCUAGUAAUGGAUUUGCUAGGAACGUUAUUUUCCAACAUGUAAAUAUGAUGAAUGUCGAGAAUCCCAUUAUAAUUGAUCAAAAUUACUGCCCCUCUGGAGGUUGCCCUAAUCAGGCUUCUGGUGUAAAAAUUAGUAAUGUGACAUACCAAGACAUUCAUGGAACUUCAACAACAGAGGUUGCUGUGAAUUUAAAUUGUAGUUCAGGAAACCCAUGCUCCAUAAUAACAGUGGAGAGCAUAAUGCUCACUUACAAGAAUCAAGUAGCCAAAUCUUCAUGUAACCAUGCAUCUGUCACAUCUUCUGGUAGUGUUCAACCCGUGAUCAAUUGCUUAUAG